AGUAAACAUGAGGCGACAGACGUCAUUUGUAAAAACGGCUCAAUUAUAAUUUCUUGCAUUGCUCGUUCCAACUUCAGUGAGGUGCGAAGGCAAAGUGAAAAUGUACAACCAAACACCCCCUAACAAUUCUAACAACACCCUUGCAAUACUGGGCUCGGAUCUAAAUUUUAACAAACCUAGAAGGAGUGUUUACUUGGAAAGUUCCCAAUCGUUUUAUCAAAGACAUGACAUCAGGAAACCAUCCAAGGUUGAUCCGAAGCAAAUACAGGAUUAUCAACAGUCAAACAUCCGUAGUUUUGUCGUCGAUGGAUUCAAACCCAUGAUGUAUUUACUGAGGAUAAUAGGUAUAUUCCCAAUAGGAGCCGUGGGACCAACAUUUCAAGUCACCAAACCUUUGUUGGCGUACUCCAUAUUCAUUUUCUUGUUUGUUCUUGGGCUAAUUGGAUACAUCCGAUGGGACAAAGUAGAGAUCGUAAGGUCAGCGGAAGGUAGAUUUGAAGAAGCCGUUAUAGAUUAUCUAUUUACGAUUUAUUUGGUGCCUAUUUUGAUCAAUCCAUUGGUUUGGUACGAGGCCAGAAAGCAGGCUAACGUUUUGACAGCUAUUGUCGAUUUCGAACACAUCUACAACAGGAUUGCAAACAAGAAGCUAAUGAUUAAUAUUGGAAACGCCCCGUUGAUAUUUACGAUACUUUUGCCACUUUUGUCUUGCGUCGUUAUGGUUGUUACUCACAUAACUAUGGUCCAUUUCAGAAUAUUACAGGUUUUACCCUAUUGUUACGUGAACACAGUGACAGUGCUAAUUGGUGGAUCCUGGUUCAUGUACUGCGACAUGAUUGGCAAGACAGCCACCACGAUCUCCGAGGACUUCCAAAAGGCCCUCAAAAACGUCGGGCCCUCUAGCAAUGUUGCAGAUUACCGUGCUCUGUGGAUGAUGCUUAGCAAAAUUAUAAGAGACGUGGGCAACUGUUUCGCCUUUUGCGUCAUAUUCUUGUGCCUUUACCUUUUCCUAAUCAUCACCCUUACGAUUUAUGGCCUGCUAUCUCAAAUCCAAGAAGGUUUGGGAGUUAAAGAUAUUGGCUUGACCGUGACAGCUUUGUUUUCAAUUGCUCUUUUGUAUUUUAUUUGUGACGAAGCUCAUUAUGCUUCUAACUGCGUAAAAUCACAUUUUCAAAAGAAAAUAUUGUUGGUCGAGCUCUCCUGGAUGAAUGAUGAUGCACAAGAUGAAAUCAACAUGUUUUUGAGAGCAACAGAAAUGAAUCCAACUGAUGUAAGUGUUGGGGGAUUUUUUGAUGUCAACCGGACGUUAUUUAAAUCUUUGUUAGCAACGAUGGUGACUUAUCUUGUAGUCCUACUACAAUUUCAGAUUAGCAUUCCUGAAGACUCUACUAUUGAUGAUAACGUCACAGCUUCAAUUACAACAUCAUUGCCUAGUUAAUGAAAUUGUGAACACAUUAGUUUUAUGAAAGAAUACAAAACAUUAAUAUUUUUAUCGUCUAAUUAAAUUUACAUAAAUUUUUUACAUUGUAAUUCUUAUUACUGUUAUCACAUGAUGUGAAUAUUUUCAUAAUUAAUGGAAGGGAUCCUUGUGUAAGUAAUUGUAUUUUUCUGUAAUUAAAUUGAAAACAAAGAAAAUAUUGAUAUUGCACCGUUAAAAAUCUUGAAAAACACCUGA